AUGAACAAGAGAUUUGAUAUGCAAAACGGUUAUGGUCCUUAUGCUGGCCACUUUGGUGAUGAUUUUGAGUAUGAAUCAUGGGGUAGGAGCCACGGUUUUCGUCAACCAACACCUUCUGCUCCACAAGGUUAUCAUCACCAUGACUUCUCAGCACAAAGUCCAAGCCACGUCCCCUUUACUCAAGACAAUGAGUUGAAGAGUAUGCUUCAGCAACUUUUACAAGGGCAAGCUGACUGUGCAUUUGAGAUAAAUCAGCCACUGGACCAGAUGAGCACCAUAUUUGAUGCUUGGGAAAGUCCCCAAGAGUAUGCUUCUCAAGAUUAUCAUCACCAUGGCUUCUCAACACAAGAUUCAAGCCAUGACCCUUCUGAUCAAGACAAUGAGUUGAAGAGUAUGCUUCAACAACUUUUAAAAGGGCAAGAUGAUUAUGCAUUGGAGAUGAAUCAGCAAAUGGACCCGCUGAUUAGCAAAUUAGAUGCUUGGGUGAGUCCACAAGAGAACACAGAGAGCAUUGCCUCUACUUCAAGGCCAGAAGAUACACUCCCUACUCAACAAGACAUGGAUCCUAAGGAGUGCUACAAUGAAUGGUCUGUUGACAACACUAUUCAAGAAGAGCAAGAGGACGCCUAUGAUACUGUUGAGCCUGAGUUUGAGCUGGAAUUAGAGCACCUCUUCCUUGAAGUAGAUGAUGCUUAUACUUCUCCCAAGAUACAACAUACUAGUCUCAAUGUGGACAUUGAGGAGCUAAAGGAGAGGGGUGAGCAGAAAUUUUCUGAGAUGAGAGUUGUCAACAAUGAGAAGAGAGAGGCUCCUUUUGAGAAGAAAGAAUAUCUCUAUGUGCCUCCACCUUAUGAGCCAUACUUUCUAUUUGCUGGUCUGAUCUCUCCUAAUGAAGUCAGUCUUGAGGACCCAAUGAAGCUAUCCUUUGAGGCGAUAAGGAUGAAAGAGUUUAGGGGAUGGUUCUAUGAUGAGUAUGAUCCUGGUGAUUCAAGGCUUCAAUGA